CCACUCCCAAAGUUUUGAGAGCCAGCUUUGUUAUUCAAUCGAAGCAACAAUUCAGAUCAGACAUGGAGAGCGACGACGACAUUGAGCUGCGGCCUUCCUCUCCCGUGCGAGAACGAAGGUUGACGCGUUUGAAGAAAGCAUUUAGAGUUCCUGAAUAUCCCCGCCCUAAUUCGCCUGACAGUAGCUCUUUUCCGUCUCCUGCUAAUUCUUCUGAAGCUGAUGCCUCGCAUCCCAAUGGCUUAAUUGGUCUAGAUUUUGAGGAUCUCAACUUGGCAUCAGGAUUUUCAUUUGAGGCUAUUGGCGAUAAAAAUGGACCAAGCAUCGAGCGUGACGCUCCAGAAAGCGUCAAGGAAGAUGGUUUGAGUGAGACGAGGGUUUCGGAAUUUGAUUCCGUGGCAGAAGACAUUGGAGGAAAUGGCCAAGCUUGCUCAACGGAGGCUAUGGGGCUAGAGAGUGAGGAUCCGAAGACCGAUGAACUAGAGAAAAAUCAACAUAGCUUGGGCACUUUUUCUGAUAAGAGAAAGAGAAAGAGAAAGAAGAUCCUCGACAGUGAUAGAGGCGAGGAAAAAGUUAAAGAAUCUACAUCUAACAAAAAAGGGGCUGAGAAGGAAAGACUGGAAAACCUUAAAAAGCUUCGAGCUGAGUCUCAGAGACUCCUACGAGAAACUCGAGAUGCAGCUUUUAAGCCUAUUUCCGGCGUUCAAAAGCCCAUUUCUUCAUUAUUGGAUAAAAUUCGGCAGCGAAAGCUGGAGCUCUUAAAAAAAUCCAUUUCUUCUAUUGGCGAUCAUUAUGAUGGCUUGGCAAGGGAGGUCCCAGUGGCUGAUGUAUCUGGGCGUGCUUGUCCGGGAGAUGAGAUAGCUGAUAAGGUUGAACGUGCCGAACAUCAAGAAACAUUUACUUGUCCUGCGGAUAUGAAGAAUAGUUCAGACGCAUUACAUUUAGGGGGAUCAGGCGAGGUUACGAAUUCCUGUAGUUGUAAAUCUGAAGGCAUUCCUUGUCCGAUGGAGCUCUAUUCUGAUUCCCCAAGAAGUGACACCAAACACGAGGCCUUGAACCCUUCAGAAGUUUCUGAACCACCAAUCCCUUCAAUGAACUUGCAACUUGAUUCUGCGCCUUCUGAUGAUGUCUCUUCUGACGAAGAGGACAAUGAAAAGGAAAAUAUAGAUCCACAUCCCUAUCGAUCAGCCACCUCUUCACCACCUCCAAGUGGUGACCCUGUUAAGGCUUUUGUUGAUGAAGAAGCAGAAGAGGAGGAUGAUAGUGACAAUGACCUUUCGCGUUUCCAAGAAGAUGAGGAUGACGUCGAUGAAGAUGAUGCUGAGGAGCUUAACAAUAUGAUUGCAACUGGAUACGAAGAAAAUCCAAUUGAUAAGGAAAGGCGUGACCAACUUCACCAGCAGUGGCUGGAGCAACAGGACGCAGCUGGAAUGGAUAAUCUACUGCAGAAACUUAAUUGCAGUUCAAGAUUGAAAGACACAUCAAUUGGUGAGGAAGAAGAUGAGGAAAGAAAUGAAACUGAAAAUGAAUCAGAAGAUGAAGAAUAUGUUGCUCAGCCAAAUGCAGCACGAAUCAAUCUUGAAAAAGUGAGGCAGAUGAUUCCUCAGAUGUUUUCAGAUAAAGACGAAGCAUAUGUAUCAUCGGAUGACGAGAAAACACAGAAGAGGCUGCCUAAACGGUGCUUAUCUGCCAAAAUUGAGGAGCAAACUACAUUCUUGUCACCAGCUGAGGAUGAAAGCUGCAGGGAAGUUUUCAGUCUUAUAAAGAAACUGAAUACUGUGCCCGACACCAAGAGGAAAAGGACACCCUCCUUCUUUGAUACUCCGCUCAUUGGACAGAACGUUAACGUAUUGUCAAAGUCAUCUUUCCUAAAUCGUGCUUCCAAUCAUUCGUUGCCCUCAUCUCAUAAGCAUGGACCAAACAAGGCUCGUUCUUUCAUUUUUGGGCGAGAUGACAGCAAUAGCAGGACUUCAAUCUCAGUGUCAGAGGACUCUUUGGAUACGAUUCAAACGGAGAGUCAACCGCCAAAAUCUGUUAGUGCCAAGUAUCAGGGUAAUGCACAGGAUCGAUAUCGUAACUCGAACUCCGCAUCUCAGAAGUCAAGCACUUGUCUUUUGGAGAUACUAAGGAAAUCUUCACGGCAUGCAGAGCGACCUGUCCAGAAUGAUACAGUUCAGCAAACGGAAUCAGUGUUUGCUGCAUUCAGGUUAGCAAAGAAGCCACCAAUUCAGACCGAGGGAAGAGUGUGAUGUUCAAUGUGAAAUUUUGGUGUAUGGUCUUUUUUUCCCUAAUGUUGAUUGAAAUUGGGCGCCUCGUUUUGUUCAGAAUUAGUGUUUAGUUUUUAAAAUUAACUUCCUUCUUCGCCCCUGCUUUUUACUUCAUUUAUGUCAUUCAAUAACAACACAAUAGAAAGUCCAGGUUAGAAAUUGAUUGCCUCGCAUCUCGCAACAUUUUAAGUAUUACUACAAAAUAGUGCUAUUUAUUUGGAAGGAAGACAAUUUCAGUGCUCA